UUGAUAUUGGCCAAAAAUUGUAGAAAACAAAAAAAUUAACUGCGUAGUUGAGUGGCAAUAAAGUGCGUUCAAACCAUAAAGAUACAUCGUGAAUAAAGCACCAGCGCUUAAACGUCAGCUAGCUAAAAGCUAAUAGGCAAGAAAUAGCAACAAAUAACAAAUAUCGAUAUGGCCAGCAGAAAGAAAUCAUUGCUGAAAGUCAUCAUACUUGGCGACAGCAGCGUUGGUAAAACGUCGCUUAUGAAUCAAUAUGUAAACAAACGCUUCUCCAAUCAGUAUAAGGCAACGAUCGGAGCGGACUUUUGCACGAAAGAGGUUGUUGUCAACGAUCGCGUUGUCACAAUGCAGAUUUGGGACACGGCUGGCCAGGAGCGCUUCCAAUCACUUGGUGUGGCCUUCUACCGGGGCGCCGAUUGCUGCGUGCUCGUCUACGAUGUGACGGCGCCAAACUCAUUCAAGAAUUUAGACUCGUGGCGCGACGAAUUCUUAAUACAGGCCAGUCCGCGGGAUCCUGAGCAUUUCCCUUUUGUCGUGCUGGGCAAUAAAGUGGAUUUAGAUAAUCGUCAAGUAUCCACGCGCCGUGCGCAGCAAUGGUGCCAAUCGAAAAACGAUAUACCCUAUUAUGAGACGUCAGCAAAGGAGGGCAUUAACGUUGAAAUGGCGUUUCAGACCAUCGCAAAGAAUGCACUGGAACAGGAAACGGAGGCUGAACUCAUAAACGAUUUCCCCGAUCAAAUACGCUUGAACUCUGAAAAUAAUCGUCCAGGCAACGCUGACAAUUGUCAAUGCUAAUGUAAUAUUAUAUUUUUACGGGCAGGAGCUGCGGCAACAGAAUACAACGCAAAGUGCAUAAUUACACAAUCUAUAUUAUAAAUAAAAACAUAAAAAAUACAUAACAGCAUAUGAGUAUAAAAAGCAAAUAUGAUGUACGACAGCAAGGUUAUAAGUUUAAGUAAAACAAUUUCAAUAACUGCAUAGAUAUAAUAAGAUAGGAUGCUAAAUUCUGUUCUAUCAAUCCAUUAAAUACUUUUACAUAUUGUG